CCAGUCACCUAACUAGUCCCUUAUCGGUGCAGGGUGGGUAGUAAAACGUGUAAGGUUCUGUAGACAGUUGUUAUAGACAGGAUCCAGAUUGUAGUGGACAUUAUCCAGCCAUUUGAACUUUGAAACACCCAGUUCCAAUACCGCCGUCGUCGAGGUUGCUGGUUGAAAUGUUAGCUUUUUGUCUUCAUUAGCCACUCGCAACCGGGGCCCACUGGUUCUGACCUAGAUCACGGUGGACGUUUCCGUUGUGCGAGGCGGGCCGAAGCAGCUGAUUCAAACUGAGUUAGUUCUUUCCCGGCCAGAGACAUGGAUCAUGAUUUUAGCCCAGACGAAGAGAUCGAUAUAUCGGAUCCGAACCCCAAGAACCAGAGGACGCAGAGGAGCCUCACUGUGCUGACCACGAAGUUCAUGGAGUUAAUUCAAGAAGCCAAAGACGGUGAGCUGGACCUCAAAGAUGCCAUACAUAUAUUGACUUCUGGGCAGAGGAGGCGAAUCUAUGAUAUCACAAAUGUACUGGAGGGCAUUGGUCUGAUUGUAAAAAUAGACAAGAGGAUCAUAAAGUGGGUGGGUGAUGUAUCUUAUAAGUUAACAAAGAGACUGAGAGAGUUAAUGUCAGAGUUGGAGGAUUUGGAGCAGAAGGAAUUCAUGCUGGACCAGCAUAAACACUCGGUGGAACAGAGCAUCAGGGACAUUACAGAAGACUGCAGUAAUCUGACCUAUGUGAAUCACGACGAUAUUUGCAACUGCUUCAGUGGCAACACACUUUUAGCCAUACGGCCGCCAUCUGGCACGCAGCUAGAUGUCCCCAUUCCCAAAGCUGUCCAGGACGGCCCAGUAAAGUACCAGAUCUAUCUCAAGAGCAGCAGUGGACCUAUAGAUGUUGUACUACUGAACAAAGGCUCUGUCAACUCGGUUCCGUUAGUAUUGCCAGUUCCGCCACCAGAGGAAAUGUUGCAGAGUGCCAUGUUAGCCAUGUCUGCUUCAAACGAUACACAAAGCAGAAACACACAUUUACAAGCUUCACCUGAUACUACAAAGAUGCCCACGGAGGACAUGCACCCUCUCCAAUCACGGCCAUUUUUAAAGACAGAGCCGGACAGUGCUGCCGCAUCUAAAUGGCCAGAUUUCUCCAAGGAAUUGAGAAACCUACUAGACUCACCCAAUGAAAUAAUGAAUGCAAAUAUCAUCACAAAGCUUGUGGCCUCUCAGGUUCUUUCUCCACUCCUUCAUCUGUCUCCGCCUCCUUCUGACCAUAAACCCAUCUAUAACCUGGACGACAGUGAAACCCUCUGUGAUCUCUAUGAUGUUUCUGUUCUCAAUGCUUGACUGUGAACAAUGUGCUGCCACUGCAAAAGUAAAUAUUUUACUGUAAAAAUGUACAUAUACUCCUUUUUUAUAUAUUUGACCAUACCUAAUAAAAAGGAAUGAACCUUUAGCCCGUU